CCGGGCCGGAGUUUGCGCUCUACGCUAAAAGUAAAAAUCCAAGUGAAGUAUUAUGAAUUUCUUGCUAUUGUUUUGAAUUUGUGAUAGUACGUAGUAUUAAAAUAAAAAACUAUUAUCUCGAUAUUUAAUUAUUUUUAAAAUCAUUUAACAAUAUUCUUAUUGCUGGAAUGAAAUAAUAAGAUAAAACAUCCGUGAAUUGAAAAAUGUAUUCCGUGGUGAAAACUUCGUCUCUGGCUUUAUGUUUCAUCGGAUUCAUUUUUGUAUCGACACGAGCAGAAUUUUUCACUGCUAUAUCAGAUGUGGAACCGCUUUUAGAAACCCACAUCAAGAUAAUUGAAGAUUUGGAAGAAUACAUUGAAAAAGAAGAGAAGCGGAUAUCGGUUUUAAAAAGACAUUUAAAAGUAUACCAAACUGAACAUGAAAAGGCUAUGGAAGACAUUCCGAACUAUUUGGGAAAUCCAAUAAAUGCAUUUACACUGAUAAAAAGGUUGACAACGGAUUUAGAAUUUAUCGAAAAGAAAAUCGAAAUCGGAACAGAAUAUGAAACAAGAGAAUAUAUAAAGAAUAUAUCAAUUAUAUCGGAUGAUGACUACAUUCAGUAUCCGUCGCUGGAGGACCUCACGGGGGCUGCUCAAGCUCUCACUCGCUUACAGGAGACCUACCAUCUUGAUGUCAACGACCUUGCUGAGGGAAUACUGAAUGGUGUUAUCUAUAGAGACGAAAGUACACCAGUUUCUGACGAUCAAUCAAUAACAAUUUUUACGUCUAUGAACUCUGACGACUGUUACGAGCUCGGCAAGGUGCUGUACAACGAGAAAGAUUAUAAAAACGCGCUCGCUUGGAUGCAAUUGGCCUUGAAAAAGUAUCCCAAUGAUGACGAACUUUAUAACUUCACGGAUGUCGAUAUUUUGGAGUAUAUCAGCUUCUGUUACUACUUGUUGGGUGACCUCAGAAAUGCAUUAAACUGGACGAAAAAGUUGCUUAUGUUGGACCCAUCCCACGACCGAGCUAAAGGCAACAUACCGCAUUAUCGAGACGCUCUUUUCAAAAAGCAAUCUGACCUCAGUAAGAAAAAUCGGGGGGUCUCACCUGGAAAAAAACAAGACACAGGACAGCCAACUGUAGAUGCAAACGAGGAAGCUGAAAAACCAAAAGAACUAACGAAAUAUGAAAAAGAAAGGAAGGUCUACGAGGCUCUUUGUCGCGGAGAAAUGGAAAUACCGAGGGCGAUAUCCAAACGAUUGACAUGCCGCUAUCUGACUGAAAAUCAUCCUUUCCUGAGACUGGCACCAAUCAAAAUGGAGUACGUGUACCUAAAUCCUGAUAUUGUGGUGUUCCACGAGGUUUUGAACGAUGACGAGAUAUUUGAAAUCAUGAUGAUGGCUCGACCGAGGUUCCGCCGUGCAACAGUCCACGAUCCAAAGACCGGUGAGCUGGUCCCCGCACACUACCGCAUCAGCAAGUCCGCGUGGCUCAAGGACGAGGAGUCGCCGAUUAUAGAGAACUUGUCCAGGAGAAUCGCGGACUUCACCGGACUCAGCAUGGUCAGCGCAGAGGAAUUGCAAGUCGUCAAUUACGGGAUCGGCGGCCAUUAUGAACCACAUUUCGAUUUUGCUCGCAAACAAGAAAGUGCUUUUGAAAACUUCAACGGAAAUCGUAUCGCAACAGUCCUAUUCUAUAUGUCGGACGUGGCGCAGGGCGGCGCGACGGUGUUCACGGAGCUGGGGCUGAGCGUGUUCCCGCAGCGCGGCGCCGCCGUGUUCUGGCUCAACCUGCACCCGUCGGGGGAGGGCGACCUCGCCACCCGCCACGCCGCCUGCCCCGUGCUGCGCGGCUCCAAGUGGGUGUGCAACAAGUGGAUCCACCAAGGAGGCCAGGAGCUGAUAAAACCGUGCGAUCUCGAGUACCAGUCUGAAGGCAUAAUUCGACCACUUCCGCGUCCCUUGGUGAAGAAGACCUUUAGAUAAAUAUAUACAUUCAAUUUAUUCACUUGCGAACUGACUUUGGCAGAAUAAAGAAAAAUUGUAUUAGAUCGUAGUCAUAAUCUUAUACUCGAAAGAGUAAACGAUGUGUGGGUCACGAAUGUAUUGUUCACUAAAUUUUACGAACAGAGAAAAAAUGAGAAAUCUCUAAGAAUAAAACGGGAACUUUCACAUAUUACUAAUAUUUCUAUUAAAUGUAAGAUCUAAUCAGAAAACUAAAUAUUAACAUCAUAUACUAUUAACAACUGAUAGAUUUAAUAAAAUUUAAAUAAGGAAAAAGUCAUUCUACUUUAAAAACAAAAUAUAUAGAUAUCAAAUAUACUGCAAUGGCUUAUAGUAAAUUGAGCCCUGGAAUUUUGCAGUAGUGUAAAAAUCAUAUAUUUUGGUAAAAAAACUUUUUAUAAUAAUUGCUUAAUGUAAGCAAAAUAUAUCUUGCCGAAAAUGAUAUUUCUCUAUGUAUACAUUGUCGAAAAUAUUUUAAGUUUUUUUUUUUUAAAUUAAUAAUGCUACAGAGGCUGUCAUUAUUUGUCAAUUAUUGUGUUAUUAAUUUUAAGAGAGGAAUACACAAUUGUAUUCUAAUUCUUUGUUGGCCAUUUUCAUUGCAUUUAUCUAGCGGUUACGAUUCGCAAUAUUUUUAACCAAUUAAUAUGUACAAAAUUAUUAUAAUACAACAAAUUUUUGAAAUAUUUUUUUGUGUUAAGAUAUUUUUUAAGGUAUUGUAAAAAUAUAGUUUUACCUUUAUUACUGUUAUAAUAUUAUUACGAUUAAUUUGGUCUAUAUUUUACUUAUUUCUUUUCAUUUUCCUUAAUAAAAUGGAAGUAAUUAAAGAAGCAGCUAUUACCCAGGAUGGAAUGCAUUUAAAAAACAAUAAAUUUAUCUUUUAUGAUUAUUAAAUAAAGCAUGUUAUAUAUCAUAAAUCUGAUUGCAUAUAUAUUUCUAAGUUAAUGAAAAUAAUUUCGAAUUUAUGAAAUGAUGUAUUUUAGAUAAUAAGGUGUCUACUAUCUAAGACUUAACUAAACAAAUAAACGACGACUUUAACUUUCAUAUACAAUUUGAACUAAUGCCAUUUGAAAUAAUGUUGAACGUUUAAUGCAUAGUUACUGCAUACAUAGAGUAUAAUAUUAAGGGAAAAUACUUGAUGUUUACAUUUAUUGUAAUCAUAUAUCUCAAUAAAAUAUCUGAGUCAAUG